AUGGUGGAAAGUAAAAGGGUGCUUGUUAUAUAUACCGGCGGUACUUUUGGUAUGUUGAAGAAUGAAAAAGGAGUACUGGUGCCGCAGAAGGACAUAGAACGCAGAGUGAUCAGAAAAUUACCACAACUACACGACCAACAGUAUUGGCAGACACACCUAGCUGGAACAGAUCUGAACGAAUAUUUGGUUAUACCAGAUGGUAAAGAUACAGAACUAAAAGUAUUAUACAAAAUUCACGAAUAUGAUGAGUUAAAAGAUUCUUCCGACUUCACUAUGGAUGAUUGGAUCAGACAAGCAAGGGAUAUAAAGAAAUUUUACCACGAUUAUGAUGGUUUUGUGGUAUUGCAUGGUACUGACACAACGGCGUAUGGUGCUUCCAUACUUUCUUUUAUGCUGGAAUCUGUUGGCAAGACAGUUGUGCUAACGGGAGCGCAGGUGCCCAUUUUCCAGCCGCGUAGUGACGGAAACAACAACUUAUUCUGCGCAGUGAUGAUUGCAGCAACCAUACACAUACCUGAAGUAACAGUAUUCUUCGGUGCUAGACUCUUUAGGGGCACCAGAGUUAAGAAAGUCUCAAACACUAAAAUCUACGCCUUCGACUCGCCGAACUACCCAGCUUUGCUGGAAGCCAAAGCGACCUUGGAAAUUGACCCAAAAAUGUUGAUUCAUGCGCCGGGCUCUGUGCCCGAUGAGUGCCGGUUACAUGACCAGCUCUGCAGGAAGAUUUACAUAUUAAAAGUUGCACCUACAAUUACUCCCGAACUCAUUAAGACGGUCUGCUCUGGAAUGGAAGGUAUUGUCUUGGAAACGUACGGUAAUGGCAACAUACCUAUAAAACGAAAAGAGAUCUACAAAGAAAUUGAAAAUGCAGUUAAGAACAAAGUUCUCAUCGUCAACGUUACGCAGUGCAUAAAUGGAACGGUCCUUGCCAAACCUCUGUAUGAAACGGGUCUGCUUCUUCUUGAAUGCGGUGUGGUACCUGCGUAUGACAUGACUGCGGAGGCUGCGUGGGCUAAGCUUGCCUACGUACUUACAAAAACCGAUCUGUCCUAUGAAGAGAAAGUUCAGUUAAUGAAGCGAAACAUCCGAGGAGAGAUGAACACGCCCAACUGA